CGGCCGACGAGAAGCAAAGCUCAGUCUUGCAUAGUUUAACAUACCAACAGCCCAAUAGUGGUGUUUGUUUGUUAUUUAGUCAGAUUCGACUCCGCUUAGUACACUAUGCGGAUCGAAGAAGAGCUGAAGCUCGAUUUUAAGGAUGUGUUGUUCCGUCCUAAACGAUCUACUCUGCGCAGUCGGUCAGAGGUAACACUUGCCAAGACCUACAAGUUCCGAACCUCUGGACUUACAUACACGGGUGUGCCCGUUAUGGCAGCUAAUAUGGACACAGUGGGCACAUUCGAGUCAGCCGCUGUGUUGGGCAAUAAGCAGAUGUUCACAUGUGUGCACAAGCAUUACAGUGUAGAGGAGUGGGUUGAUUUCGCCAAGAACAACCCCGAGGCCUUGCCCCACUGCGCUGUAAGUUCUGGCAGUAGCGCUGCAGACUUAGAAAAGCUGAAAGCCGUUCUCUCGAAAAUUCCCGAGAUCACCUUUAUCUGCCUGGAUGUCGCCAACGGUUACUCUGAGGGCUUUGUAGAGUUUGUACGUGAUGUGCGUGGCCAAUACCCCAAGCACACCAUCAUCGCCGGUAACGUAGUUACAGGUGAGAUGACCGAGGAGCUUAUACUCUCGGGUGCUGAUAUAGUGAAGGUGGGCAUUGGACCCGGGUCAGUGUGUACCACCCGCAAAAAGACAGGUGUCGGAUACCCCCAGCUGAGCGCUGUAAUUGAGUGUGCAGAUGCAGCACACGGUCUUGGUGGUCACAUCGUGUCCGAUGGAGGAUGCGUAUGUCCCGGAGACGUGGCCAAGGCCUUCGGCGGUGGUGCUGACUUUGUGAUGCUGGGAGGAAUGCUUGCAGGACACGAUGAGUCUGGUGGUGAGGAGAAGACACUCGACAACGGCAAGCGCGUCAAAAUCUUCUACGGCAUGAGUAGUCAGACGGCUAUGACAAAGCACAGUGGUGGUGUAGCCGAGUACCGUGCGAGUGAGGGAAAGACUGUGCAGGUACCGUAUCGUGGGCCUUUAAAUGGAACUUGCUUGGAUAUAUUGGGAGGUUUGAGAUCGACCUGUACAUAUGUGGGUGCGAGUAAUCUUAAGGAGCUGCCCAAGCGCACAACAUUCAUUCGGGUUACACAGCAAAUCAACAACAUAUUCGGCAGCGAGGCGUAAGAAGUGGCAUGGUUGUUAUUCAUGUGGUACAUACUGUUAUACAGUGUUAACUCACAUCGUUGUAUCGUAUAGAAUGCGAGUGGUAGACCUACCACUAUCUGUCUGAUUAAAAUGCAUGUUGCCCGCUGCUAUGACUCUGUGUACAUAUAUGUAUGCUAGUUGUCACAGCUGCUUAGGCAGCUCGGGUGCACUGAUGCCGGACAAUAAGGCACCUAUCUAACAAUUCGAGCUCAAAAUGUAUUUUGUCAGAAUGUUUCUAUAUGUCACAACAAUGUCACAACUGAAUAAAGCUGAUUCUUUCAAUUGACAGCA